AUGCGGACAGCUUCAAAAAAAGACCUGAGCAAAUUUGGGGAAACAAUCUUCUACCUAAUGUCUGCAAAGGUUCUGAGGAGCUUGGAGAUGGGAAAUGCAGGGUCUUGGCUCUCAGAGUGCCAGAAGAAAACAACGACAUCAGCGACUGAAUAUGCUGAGAAUGUCACACUCAGAUACCAGGAAACAGCUCUCAAGUUUCAACCCAGGACAGAUCAAAGUGCAUUCAUUUCAUCAAAUGAUGCUGCCGAGCACCUGCAAAGGCUCACUGAGGAAGACAGUCCUCAGCUGGUGGCUUCAGAGGAACCAGCCUCUUCAUCUGCCUCAACCAGCAUGCACAUUGACAGAGAUUAUGGCGGUGAGCUUGCUCAGGGGUACCAAGAUGGUCAGAUGGAGGCCGAAAAUGGACCUGAGGACCAGGAUGCUUUAGGGACUUGCAGGCUGCUGCAUCACAUCACAGAUGGAGAUUAUCCUCUAUUGUCUCCUCGCUGCUCCAUUUUCAGCCAAAGCCAGAGGUUUAACUUAGAUCCCGAAUCGGCUCCUUCUCCACCAAGUGCUCAGCUCUUCAUGAUGCCAAGAAGCUCUUCCAGAGGCAGCUGUGAGGACAGCAAAGUGCCCCAGACCAUGGUACAACUCACAAAGCACCUGCAAAACCUGAAGAGGAGAAUCAGGAAAUAUGAAGAGAAGUUUGAGGAGGAGAAGCAUUACCGGCCUUCCCAUGCUGACAAAAUAUCAAAUCCCGAAGUAAUGAAAUGGAUGAAUGACCUGGCCAAAAGUCGUAAACAGCUAAAAGAGCUGAAACUGAAAAUGACAGAAGAGCAGAGCUUCCCCAUCAGAAAGAACCAAAGGAGCUUUUAUCCGGAGAGCCCCAGGGAGGCUGGGAUGCUGGCUCCAGCAGAUUCUCCCACUGCUCCUUCGGUGGAGGAAACCAUGGAAGUGGUGAAGAAGCAACUGAAAGAGAAGCGACAGCAGCUCGGUCUCCCUGAGAACAUCAAGGUUAACCAGCAAGACAGGAGUUUGAUGAAGCCUCUUUAUGAAAGAUACAGAAUUAUAAAGCAGCUUCUAUCAGCACCUUCUUUGAUUACAACUAUUGAGGAGGAAGAUUCUGAUGAAGAACCGCAGAGUAGUUCCACUAGGUACCUCUACGGGCCUCUUCAGGCACAGAUGGAUCACUCGGAUGAGGAGAAUGAACCCGCCUUAGUUUCACCUCGGGGUGAAAAGAAAGUGAUGAAACAGCCAGCCCUCAUGUCCAAUUUACAUGAGGCCACCAUGCCUGUCCUUCUGGAUCAUCUCAGAGAAACUAGAGCUGACAAGAAAAGGAUAAGGAAGGUACUACGGGAAUUUGAGGAAGAGUUCUUUAGACAAACAGGAAGGAUUCCGCAGAAGGAAGACCGGAUCUCCGUUUCAGAGGAAUAUUUGCAGUACAAGCACAUCAAGGCCAAACUCCGCCUCCUGGAGGUUCUCAUCAGCAAACACGAUGUCCCCAAAACCAUCUGAAGCCAGUAAAACUUCCUGAUGUGAGGAAAGAGAAUGCCUGGCUCUUUCUGCCCAGUGAUUUGCUUUUGCGCUUCCUUAAGGUGAUAAUGCUCAGGUGAGCACAGCAGAAAGGUCACGGAGCAGGCAUGAGACUGCCCAAAAAAGGAGUGACUGGAUGGAGGACAGGCUCUUUCCUGUGAAUUCUCUCCUAUUUCCAGAGUCUGUUUUCACCUGGACAUUUGCCUGCUGCUGAGCUAAAGGGAAGCCCUAUGCAAUUUCAAGAAGGUGGCUUGGGAAGCUCUUGGGUCUCUGAAAGCUCUGCUGGAAUGUAUUUUGGAUACUUGAUUUCCAAACUAUCUGGCCACCAUCAUUUGAACAACAAUUCUCAAAACAUUGGAAGGGAAAAGGAGUAAGCAAGAUGAGCUGUUUCUUUGAUCCGGGUUUCCCAGAGGGAAGCCCAUGUGUUGUAUACAGUUGAGCUUUGUUGGUAUGUCCAAAAUUAUGAAUUCUAGAAGGGCAAAACCUCAUAAUUAUGAAAUCCAAGUUCAAUUAACCCUUCAAAACUAAUUGCACAAUCUCCCCUAUGCCUGAGAUAUUCCAGCAAUCUUACCAAGAACCACAAAAUGACAAGUCUCUUGUGAGUUGUUUGCCCUUCCGGCAUUGCAAUCUCACGAGAUUCGUAGAUUCAGGGAGAUUUUCCAAGAUUCAGUAAUCUUGUGAAAGGGCCAAUUCAGGAAUCUUGGUAUCACCCACUGCCUGCCUCUCACCACUUUUUGGCAAGAAUGCUAUAAUUCCACACAAGGAGCGACACCAAGCAUUGACAUCUGAUGAAAACUGUCACGAUGUCCUACUCAUCAGGAUGUGAUGAAUAAUGUAACAUGGGUUAGUCACCCAAAUUGCAAUUGCAAAUCAGAAUACAUGGUGCUAAAGUACAGAGUUCAGCUGUUGAGAAUCUUCAUCUUUUUCCAUCUUCCUUUCUCUUUCCGGUAAACAAGAAGGCAGCAUUUGGUGCUUUUGAUGCAAAGACAUGAGCAAUGCUUAGUGAAAUUCUCACAAUAAUUCUUACAAAAAUGUUCAAGGGCCAGUAGGGAGCAUUUGGGCUAUGAGACCAGUUCUCAGUCCCCAGGACUAAAUUAUGCAAUAAUUUUUAAAAGGGUGGGUGAACUGUUGUUCUGUGCACAUUGAAGGAAUUUUUUGGGGGAAAAUGCAGUUGUUUGCAGAUUUCAGCUUGCUGUAGAGAGAAUUUAGGGUGCGAAGUUGCUGCCAAAGCUGGAUCAGUUUUGCAUUUAUCCAGCUGAAGUGUUUAUACUGCAAUUUCCCUCUCUGUUAUGGACAUCAGCAUAUCUGCGUUCUGUGUUUUUACCACUUCUGCUUUUCUUAAAUAGGGAUUGGGUGGAUUAGGACAUAAAGCUUUUUGAUGGGUUGUAUUGAGAAGCCCAGCAAUUGGAAAGUCAUCUGUAUGCAUUUCCCCUGUCUUGCAGAGGCAUAUAUUUUAGUUAAACCUUGGGUCAAUUGAUGUUCAAGAGAUGUCUCCUUCCCAAAGUGGCCUUGUUCUGCUCUGCCACUCAUGUACUCUGGGAAAGGUUCUGGAUGCUGCAAAGACACGUAGAAUGUUCAGUCCUGUGGCUGAAGUGAUGGAGGCUGUGGAAGUGAUGGAGAAGCCCUGAGAAGGGGAAUGUUUUAUUCAGACAGGGAGGGCAUCAUUUGGAAAAUAGCUGGAUGGGUUCUUGUACUCUUUCUUACUGAAGGAACAGGUUAUCUUCUGAACUAUUGACUCUGCAGGCAGCUAACGAGAUUGGCCUAGUUUCCUGAUUUUGCACGAAGUGUACAACUACCUUUAGCUGAGUGAUAGAGUUCUCUUUGGUUUGCAUUGUGAUGUCUACUAAGAGUGUACAAACAUGGACUCAUAGGGAAAAUGCAGUGUCAAGUGGACCAAUUUCUCUCUUGGACACUUCAACUCUGCUUUCUGACUUUAUAAAAUUGGUCUGAGCUUUAUCAUAGGAACCACUCUGCUGAAACAAAAAUACUAGUUUAUCCAGCCUCCAUGAUGACUUGGGGGUUUAUGGGUGUCUAAAAAUACAUUUGCAUUUGUGUGUGAGUUUAAGUGGGCAUGUAGGUGUGCUGACUAAUUCUCUUCCAUCCCAGAGCCAGGAUUUGGGAAAAACCAUACCUCCCCAUCUGUCCCAUAAAACCAAGAAGGACCUAUGCUCUUUUGGGUUUAAGCUGCCUAUGGGAAGCUGGCAGGGGUUAAAGUUCCACCAGCCCCAUCCACUCUAUAAAAGUCCAGAGGGAAUCUAAUGCCAUAUGAAGGACUAUACUGUGGAUUCUCACCUGUUGUUUAGAACAGGGGUCACCAACCUUUCGGACUUCAGGGAACACUAAAUUCAUAAUUUUAAAUCCUGUGGAUCACAAAUAUGAAUUAGCGAUGGGAUGGGGUCCUUCAGGCACUUAGCUUGGCCGCCUGUUAGCGGAAAGAAGUGCCUGGGGUCAUGAUGUCUCUCUAAGCUCAGCUGUGUGACCACGUCCUGUUCCAAGUGCCAGGGCUCCAUACAAGCAGGAAGGUUGGUGGGACUUUUAAAACAAUCCCUGCAAGUUUGGAAGGUUCAUCCCCUCCCCAGCUGUAGAAAUCUCUUCUGUUUUAUCAUUGUGCAUGCUGGCAUGGAGGUUACUCCCUGUAUAAUUGGUAAUCAUUAAGUUAUUGGCUACUUUUUAAUGGCUCAGGGCCAUCCUUUGAUGUUAGUUUGGGAGAAGGUCAUCCAGAUAUGGAAGGGUGAAGGGUGGAGGAGUUAACCGCUGUAUUAAGCAUGUUAGUGUGGCUAUUUUAGAUAUGAAUCCAAAGUUUCAGGUGAAGUUUGCUUGUGAUACUUGUCUAUCACCAUCUUUCCCAUUCUUGCAUCUUGAUGAUGGGUCGCAUUAAACUCCAUCAUCCCUAAAGCCUAUGACAGUUGUAGACCAAGAAUAUUGAGAAGAUACUUUUGUAGAGUAUCUUUGGAAAUUUAGACCUGUGCCUUAAAGUUUGACUUGGUACCCGUAACUAAUUAUAAUCAACUAGAAAACAAUGUGAACUAAAGGUAUACAUGAUAGUCAUAUAUAGUCUUCAAUAAACGUGUCCCCUCCCUAUCCCAGAUAUCUUCAGUUGCCCAAACUCCCCAUCUUUGAGCAAGAAUUCUUUGAGGAAACUCAUAUAUGAAGACAAGAAUGCCUUGUAAGAG